UUACCAACCCCGAGUGCUAGCAUCCCAAAUUUUAGAAUCAAACAUCAGUACCAAGAACCUAUGCCUUGACAAACCUCAGUACCAAGAACCCCGGUUUGUUCGCACUUCAAUCUCCAAGUCAUAAGUACACUCUUCUCUCCCCAUUCACUGGCAUUGGCUUUUGGUAGUUGAAGUCUUCCUUUGUUGUCAAAUUCAGACCAGUAUUUGAAAAAUAGACAAGAAGAGCAAGAAAAUAAAGCAGCAGAAGGGGUGAAGAUAGGGAUGGCGGGCAUGUCUGGAUAUAGUUGCUGCUGGCAGUGGGCGGAGGUGAAAUCCAUGGGAAUGGGCUAUUGGUUCCCUUCCUCAACUACCAAAAGGAGUUUCCGGCCUGUGCUUGUUUCUGUUUCUGCUAUCUCCGAUGAUAACUCUCACUCUUACACUAGCAGUAGCAGCAAUGGAAGAAAGCUAGAAGAAGAAGGCAUCAAAGGGUCAGGAACUACCGCCAGAGAUCGCAGGUUGCUUAGAAUUCGCCAAGAGAAACGACAGCGAGAAUACGACCGUCUUAACAACUACCCUGCUUGGGCAAAAGUCCUAGAAAACGCUUGCAAAGACGAUGCUGAACUUCGUGCCGUUCUCGGAGAUAGCAUUGGCAACCCAGAACUCAUGAGGAAACGAGUCGAAGAUAGGGUUAGAAAGAAGGGUAGAGACUUUCAAAAGUCUAAAACAGGAUCCGUCCUUGCUUUCAAAGUCACCUUCAGAGACUUCAAUCCACUUGAUUCAUAUAUCUGGUUUGAAUUGUUUGGAUCACCAUCAGAUCGGGAUGUUAAUCUAAUUGGUAAUGUUAUUCAAUCAUGGUAUGUCAUGGGUCGUCUUGGUGCCUUUAAUUCUUCAAAUUUGCAGCUGGCUAAUUCAUCAGUGGAGUAUGAUCCUUUAUAUGAUGCAGAUAAAGGUUUCAAAGUGAUGCCGUCAUCUUUCCAUGAUAUCAGUGAUAUUGAGUUCCAGGAAAAUUGGGGACGUGUUUGCUUUAUAUACAUAUCUUACAGGGUGGACUUGGGUACAUCUGAUUAUUUUGCAAUUGAUGUGCUCCUCAACUGCCUAACUGCCCUGAGCUCGGAAUAUCUUGGAAUCCAACAAAUUGUUUUUGGUGGUCGCCGCAUGGGUGAUUGGGAAGAGGGGAUGACAAGCCCUGAGUAUGGUUACAAAUAUUUCAAGAUUUAAACUGGGACUUGUUGCAGCUGAUUUCAUUUCAUGCAUUGUACUUUCCAUUUUGUUCAAAAAGGGUUGUAGUGCAUUUGUGCAUACGAAAAGGUAAACUUUUUGGGCCAUGGCCAUUCCUUUUAUUUCGUAUUGUUGUCAUUUGGAGAAAAAAUUGUAGGAAGGAAUAAAAAUUGCAUAAAUAGAACAGAAACCUAUAAAUCGAAAUCAAAAGUAAAUGGCAAGAAUAUAAAGGACUUGACUGUGGAUGAAAACAUGUAUAUUCUUCAUUAACUUGUAUUGCGACGUGCGUGGUGUUACAAAGAUUUGUACAAGUAUUUCAAAAAUAAAUAAAUGGCUUUGCAGUUCCCUAUU